AUGCCACCAAAGAAGCAAAGGCUCGAAAAACUCGACAAACCCACCUUAGUGACCUUACACACCUGCAACAAGACGUCCUUUGCAAAAGCUUUCCUGCCAAACGAGAUCUACCACCAACGGCUUCUAGAUUACAUCGCCAUCAUUCAUGAACUUGCUGACCACGCUUCCCACGCUCUCAAAUUCUACAUCCUAUCUGCACCAUCCUUUCCCAUGGUAGAUCAAGAUACAAUCGAAGCGAUUCUCUAUCUUCUCAACAAGGGGGAGGCUUGGCAUCCAAGAAAGGAAGCAAAGAAGGCAUGGCGGGAUUGUUUGCUGCCAUAUGUUCAACGGUACUGCCAAAUCGUCGGCUUUGUUCACCCCAAUCUACGAGGCGAGCAGCAAUCAGUCAAUUACCUGACAGCGAGUAUGAUGACGAACCUGAAAGUCAACAUUCAAGAACAUUUCAUGACGAUGCUGCUCCGCUAUAUCAAUCUACGGCUCGACGUGAGGGGACGGAAAGGGCCUCCAAAGAGUGAAGCACGGAAAGCUUUCUUUGCUCGGCUACGCUACUUGAAGUCAAUUUUCCUUUUCGAUAUCGUGCCCGAAUUGCUGGAUGACUUGACUGCUGAAGAGAGUGAACUUCUAGAAGAGAUUUGGUCACUCGAUCGGCCUUUUCUUGUUGACAAUCCACUCGCCUACGCAGUUGUCGUCAAUCCAAUGUCCUUUUUCCCUGCGUACUGUCGGUUGUCAAGCCUAUAUGAAAAGCAUGGAUUUCGACAGUUCAGCGCGAUACCUCUGCGCCGCUCUCUCAUCCAAAGCCAUGUGCGGAUCGACACCAUCAUUCUCUACCAGCAUAUCCUUUGCAUCGCACGAAGAGAAGCGGAAACUGUUGAAAAGGUCGAUUUAUGGUUGCGCGUCUGUAAUCUGCGGAACAAGGCUUUUAGAUCUCGUCGUGGAAUGUGUUUUGAAGGCUCGAUCACGACGGACGGUACCUCGGUGUCAGUUUACUUGAAACAUCCUGAAGCCGACAAGUAUGGAAAGCGUGGCGGUGGGAAAAAGUCGGCAAAGACCUUAGAAGCUGAGGUGAAGGCAGUAUAUGUGGAGAACAACUUGCCUGCUUGUCGAGCAGCAGAGAACUUUGUCGUUAUCGACCCAAACAAGCGCGAUCUUCUCUACUGCCAAGACAACAAGGGCACCAUCUUCCGUUACACCGCCAAUCAACGCUGCAAGGAGACUGGAAGCCGUCGAUUUGCAAAAGAGCGGCAGCGGAUGAAAGCUGGCGGUAUUGACCUCAUAGAAUCACGUAUCCCAAGCCACAAGACGAUGAACCUCAUGGACUUUACUCGCUACCUUCUUGUUCGCCGCGCAGAUUCGGAUCGUCGCAAGGAAUUCUACUCCCACCCUGCCCACACGCGAUGGAAAUGGCACGCAUUCAUAAACCGUCAGAAGAGCGAAUCAGACCUCAUAUCCAACAUGCACAACAAGUUUGGGAACUUUACCAUUGUGAUGGGAGAUUGGAGCGAUGCCGGUCGAACUGCGAGAUUUCAGACCUCAUCAAAGACGAAAGGCUGGCGCACCCUCUUUAAGCGCAACAGGAUCAACUGCUUCCUUCUCGACGAGUACAAGACCUCAUCUGUUUGCCCUUGCUGUUCCUCUGACGUUGAAAAAGGCUUCCAAACACGACCUCAUUCAAGACCUUAUCGACGACGAGAAGGCAAGAUUGAAAAAGUCCACGGAUUGCUGGGUUGUACCAACCCUAACUGUUUGCAGCAAGCCUGGACAUCGGGAAUGCGCUACUGGAAUCGAGAUACGCUGUCAACCUGCAACAUGCUGAUGAUCGUGCAAUCAAUGUUGGAUGGACAUGGUAGACCAGAGGUGUUCAGCAGGAGCCGUAGCGUAGCGUAG